ACCUCCACUCUCUGCUCUUCCCUCUUCUCUAAAACCCAAAAAGUUUCAAUUUUUUUCCCCAUUUCUCUAUUUCUAGGGUUAGGGUUUUACACUUUCUUGCUCUCCUUCGAGUAAGGUUUCUGUAGAAAGGAAGGAGAAGAAGAGAAAAAAUGGGGUUCUCGAUGCAGCCAUAUGGGAUACAAUCGAUGCUGAAGGAAGGUCACAAGCAUCUCUCCGGCCUCGACGAAGCUGUUCUCAAAAACAUCGACGCUUGCAAGCAACUCUCCACCAUCACCCGCACUUCGCUCGGGCCCGACGGUAUGAAUAAGAUGGUUAUUAAUCAUUUAGACAAGCUCUUUGUCACGAAUGAUGCUGCUACUAUUGUCAAUGAGCUUGAGGUUCAGCAUCCUGCUGCAAAGAUAUUAGUUCUAGCGGGUAAGGCUCAGCAAGAGGAAAUUGGUGAUGGGGCUAAUUUGACGAUUUCUUUUGCCGGGGAGCUGCUCCAAAACGCAGAGGAGCUUAUUAGGACUGGCUUGCACCCUAGUGAGAUCAUUAGUGGAUAUACAAAAGCAAUUAACAAGACAGUUGAGGUUUUGUCAGAACUGGUGGAGAAAGGUUCUGAAAAUAUGGAUGUUAGGAAUAAAGAGCAAGUUGUUACUCGAAUGAAAGCUGCUGUUGCUAGCAAACAGCAUGGACAGGAAGAUAUUUUGUGUUCCCUUAUAGCUGAUGCAUGUAUCCAAGUCUGCCCCAAGAAUCCUGCGAAUUUUGAUGUUGAUAAUGUCCGUGUGUCAAAGCUUGUUGGAGGAGGUUUGCAUAAUUGUACAAUUGUUCGGGGGAUGGUUUUAAAAGGUGAUGCUGUGGGAAGUAUAAAACGAAUGGAGAAGGCUAAGGUGACUGUGUUUGCCAGUGGUAUUGAUACAUCUGCUACUGAAACAAAAGGAACUGUAUUGAUUCACUCUGCUGAGCAGCUAGAGAAUUAUGCAAAAACUGAAGAAGCUAAGGUUGAGGAGCUCAUCAAAGCAGUUGCUGAUUCUGGUGCCAAAGUUAUUGUCAGUGGAGGAGCAGUCGGUGAAAUGGCAUUGCAUUUCUGUGAACGUUACAAGUUAAUGGUCUUGAAAAUCAGCUCAAAGUUUGAACUGCGACGCUUUUGCCGCACAACAGGCACUGCUGCUCUCUUGAAACUCAGCCAACCAAAGCCAGAUGAUUUGGGAUUUGUUGAUUCAGUUUCAGUUGAGGAAAUCGGUGGUUCUCGGGUCACUGUUGUGAGAAGUGAAGAAGGUGGUAACAGAGUUGCCACUGUGGUUCUGCGAGGAAGUACUGAUAGUAUAUUGGAUGAUCUUGAAAGAGCUGUUGAUGAUGGAGUGAAUACAUAUAAGGCAAUGUGCAGGGACAGUCGUAUAGUACCUGGAGCUGCAGCUACUGAGAUUGAAUUGGCUAGAAGAUUGAAGGACUUUUCCUUUAAGGAAACAGGUUUGGAUCAGUAUGCCAUUGCUAAAUUCGCUGAAAGCUUUGAAAUGGUACCAAGAACUUUGGCAGAGAAUGCUGGACUCAAUCCAAUGGAUGUUAUAUCUAAGCUGUAUGAAAAACAUGCAUCUGGAAAUACCAAAGUGGGCAUCGACUUGGGAGGAGGUGACUCUGAGGAUGGUGUUUGCAAUGAUGUCUCAACCAUGAACAUUUGGGAUGUUUAUGUCACUAAGUUUUUCGCUCUCAAAUAUGCUACAGAUGCUGCCUGCACCGUGCUACGGGUAGAUCAGAUUAUCAUGGCAAAACCAGCUGGAGGUCCAAGGAGAGAUCAGCCUGCGGGAAUGGAUGAGGACUAAGUCUUUGUGCAGCAUGAUUGAUUAUCUUUCUUUUGUGUUUCUUACCGGGCUGGUUUUCAAACUUUGUUUAGGCAUCUUUUGUUUUCUUCUGAGAUGCUGAAAACACUUUAGCUGAAAGAAAAAUUUUGCUUGUGCUUGAGAAAUUUAUGUUGGGUGGUGGUGGUGGUGAUGUUCUGUGAUUUUAGUGUAUCAGUUCUGUAAUUUUCCAACAGUUAACUCCAUGAAUGUUGCUACCCUUGGCAAUUGGCAUUUUCUGAUAUUAAACAUUAAUUUUUCCCUUCCUUUUUCUUUUUA